AUGUCCGAGAACGAAACUGCAACUCGCACGCCCGCAGUCACUAGUGUUGUACUCCCAGACAUUGACGGAGGAAAUCCAGAACCGAUGAUGCUCUGGAACCCGCUCACUGCAUCAUUUGUUAGCGGAGAGCGCGCUCUUCUGCUGAAAUCGAGCUCCCUCCUCCUGCUACAACACUAUCUGGAAAACACAGCCACAUUCCUGGUGGCCAAGCCACUCUCCAGCAACCCUUUCAUAACUCUCGUAUUGCCCUUGGCAUAUUCGGACGACCUGCUCAUGCAUGCAGUUCUAGCUCUUAGCGGAACCCAGCUCAGCUUCAAGAAGAGCGGUGACCUGAGCGUCCAGUCAGCUACUCGUGAACACUACUCCUUAUUGUUGCGCAACCUCCGGCACUUGUUCGCAGACGAAUCUGCUCAUCACGAUAUUCAAAGAACCCUCCGCCUUCUCCUGGUCUUGGUUGUACUAUGCCACAUUGAGGCAAUCUCUGGCGAACCCAACGGGGGUAUUUUUCCGCACUUGCGGGCAAGCCGUGAACUUGUCUACAAAUUGCUGCACGAGCCCAAAGAAGACGUACACCCGGACACAAGAGUACUCGAAGGGUUUGCGCUGGAGAUGUACUAUUACCUGGUCAUCGUGAAUAGCAUUACCCCUUACGGCAGCGAUGAGGCUCGCGCCCUGCCCUUGGACGCCUUCUUUACGCCUCUGGAUUUCCUCAAGGAAUAUCAAACUUAUGGAGUGAUGCUCAGCUGCGGUCAAGGACUCUUCGAGCUGAUACCCCAGGUCUCAAUCCUCGCGAGGAAGAGACUUAUCGAAGAAGCAUCUGGCUUACGCAGCUCAGAAAGUCAGGCCACCUACGAGUGCCUGCUUGACUCCAUCUCUCAGUGGCAACCACCUCCUAUGUUAUCCGAGAUGAUCGAGUGGCAACAGGAAUGCGCGUGGGCAGGAGAGAUCUAUCGGCAAGCACUCUUCAUCUUCCUCAAAGCGUCAUCAUGUGGCUCGGUGGUCAACAAUCCCAAGACCAUUAUUGCAAUCCAGCGUCAUAUCGACACGGCCUUCCCCCUGCUCGUCCCUGUGUCGCUGACGCCCCUGGUUACCAUUCUGCUCUGGCCACUCAUGAUGAUUGGUUCUUGCUUGAUCUGCGAGAGUCAGCGCAGGGAAUACCUGAAGUUCUUGGACUCCGAGCCCAAGGUCGAAAUUGGCCAAGUCACCCAGGCUGGGAAACUGCUGCAGUAUUUGUGGGAGGAUGAAGAUGAGCGUGCGUACGGCUCCUUCGGACUGCAUCUCAUCAUGAAAAAGCACAAUAUCAAUUUCAGCAUGGCAUAA